CGUCCCCUGACAACUUGUUGGAACGAAAAGCAAAACAUGGCGAGCGCGGACAGACAAUUCUCCAUCGUUGUGUUUGGAGCAAGUGGAUUCACCGGCCAGUUUGUGGUGAGGGAGGUAGCAAGAAACUGCAGAGGAAAGUUCAAGUGGGCUGUAGCUGGUCGCAGUAAAGACAAACUGGAAAAGGUUUUGCAGGAAACUGCAGACGAGCUCGGCUAUGAUGUUAAGGAUGUGGGUAUUAUGGUUGCUGAUGUCAGUGAUGAAUCCUCACUAAAUGCAAUGUGUUCAGCGGCCAAGAUAGUCUUAAAUUGCGUUGGUCCGUAUCGAUUUUAUGGAGAACCUGUUGUUAAGGCAGCAGUGGAGAAUGGCUGUCAUCAUUUGGAUAUUAGUGGAGAACCAGAGUUCUUGGAGAAAAUGCAAUUUCAGUUCCAUGACCAGGCUGUAAGUGCUGGCAUCUACAUUGUCAGUACCUGUGGAUUUGAUAGCAUUCCUGCAGACAUGGGCGUGGUGUUUACACAAGAAAAUUUCCCAGGUGAAUUGUGUCAUUUGGAGAGCUUUUUAGCCUUGCAUUCUGGCCCCAAGGGAUCUAAAGGACACUUUGGAACUUAUCAAUCAAUCAUUCAUGGUGUGGCAAGUGCGAGGGAAGGAAAUUUAAAAAAACUCCGAGCUCAGUUAUAUCCAAAGCCAAUGCCAAAGUUUGGGCCCAAAUUAGCCAGACGAGGUUUCAUUUCAUUCAGCCGUGAGGUCCAGAAGUGGUGCAUUCCUUUUAUGGGAGCUGAUCCAUCUGUUGUUAGAAGAUCCCAGCGGCACAGUGUUGAAGUUCGGAAUAAAAAGCCAGUUCAGUAUGGAGCGUAUGUCACCAUGCCACUGAUCAUCAUUCUGCUUUUCAUGUUCUUUGGCAUCUUCUUUUUCCUGCUGUGUCAGUUUAAAAGGGGGAGAAAGUUGUUAGAAAGGUACCCCCAGUUCUUUUCUGGUGGUUUCUUUAGUCAUGAAGGACCUACUAGAGAACAGAUGGCAGAGUCAUCAUUCUCUUUUUCAUUUCAUGGAGCUGGAUACAGCCAGAAAGCUCUGCAAUCUGGGACUCUUCCUUCUGAACUCGAUGGUCAGAUAGAAACCAAAGUUGUAGGACCUGAGGCAGGGUAUGUGGCCACGCCUAUCUGCAUGGUGCAGGCUGCAUUGGUGAUCCUGGAAGAGACGUUGCCAAACAGUGGCGGCGUUCUGACUCCAGCCGCAGCCUUCACUGGCACGUCUUUGAUUGAUCGACUCAAUGAACAUGGCGUCAAAUUCACGGUGGAACGCUGCGAAGUCGAAGAGUAAGGCGACUUGCCCGGUGGUCACUCUCGCAAGAGAAAAUAGCGAGAGGAAGGGAAGAAAAUACGAGAACAAUUGUGAUGCCGAAUGGCGUCCAGACAUACUACCUUGACUGUUAGUAGCAAUUAAAAUUAAGCAGAUGGUGUAAUAUUGUGAUAUGAAUGUCAGAAUCGACUGGAUCCUAUUGGGAACCAAAAAAUAAAUUUUGAUCAUGGUAACGAGAACACUUAACACAAUAAUGAAAAAGUUAAAUGGCAUGCAAACCUCCAAGAGUGAUUCAGUAAUAUCAGGAUUAGACAGGAUUGGCAGUAAUUCUGUAGAAGUUUUAUAUUUUUGGUUUACUUUUUAACAUUGAGAGCACGAUAUGCUCCACGAAGGUAGACAACUUAAGCUUUUGGCUUGAUACAGUAUAUUUUCUGUUGUUUGUUUAUUUUACACAUUUUGAUUACUUACUAACUUUUACCAAGUGCAGGUCGAGUGAUAAAGAAAUUAUAAAUAACAA